AUGUCCAGGUACUUUAUCAGCGUCCCAGUAGGCCCCGGGGCUCUGACACUGUUCAAUGUGCUCCUCCUGUAUUUCAGUCUCCUGUGCUCCCCCUUUUCUCCCUCCCGCUCCUUCUGUCUACUUUGUCUCUGCCGGAGGCUCGCUUCUUGCUGGGUGGGGUGUAAGCUGCCGGUCCUCCACCUCAGUGGGAUUGACUGGGGCCUGGGCCCCAAAAGCAUUUGCAUCAAGGCCAGGAGAUUAAACGUGUGGGUUGGGAACUGGAGAGAGCGUGUUGUCUCGCUUGGGGCCCCUGAUGCCAGAGUUCUAGCUUUCAUCGCACUGGGUGAAAGAUUUCUCCUGGACGUUUCACUCUCUGUGGCUACAGACCCCAUGUUCACUGCAGUUGUGCUGGUGCUCAGCUGCCUGCUGCAGAGGACACCAGUGACCACAGAGGGGCAUCAUGGGACCAAUCGCCAUGUCUUCUAUGCCGUGCAAAUGAAUGGAGGCAUCAUAGCUGCCAGAGCUCUGGCCAAGGCGCACGGACUGGAUUUUAUACAACAGAUCGGCAGCCUGGAUGAUAUGUACACCCUGAGAGACUGUAUCGGGCGCUUUGACAGACCCACCUUGGAGAAUGCACUUGAAGCUGCAACUGGGGUGCAGUGGAUAGAGCGGCAGUGCAACCAUGUCAGAGAGAAGAGGGCUCCUGUGACAAUGAUAGACCAGAGAAACACUAACAAUUCCUGGUGGAGAGAAUCUGAGACUGACAGGUGGCCUGAAGAGAAUACGAGCGACCAGUCCCUCACCUUCAACGACCCACUCUGGCCCAUGCAGUGGGAACUGUUUGCCCAGGGAGAGUACAACUCCGGUGGGUUUGACCUCAAUGUGAUGCCAGUUUGGAGAAAUAACAUCACCGGUAACGGAGUGGUGGUCAGCAUCAUUGACGAUGGACUGGGAUGUGUGGGCCUGUGUGCCCGCCAGAGAGCCAAAGGGCCCAUCAUAAAAGCUUAG